GCCUGGGCUGCGAGCGGGGCACCGCCACCGGCACCGGCACCCGCACCGGCACCGGCACCUCCCGGGUGGUGGGGGGUUGUGAGCGGGGCACCGGGACCGGGAUUCGUACAGGGAUCGGGACCUGCACUCCUAAGCCACGCUUGGGGCCGCUGCGAGCCGGACACCGGGACCGGGACCGGGACCUGGACUUCCGAGCCACGUCCGGGGCUGCGAGCCGGAUUCCGGCACCGGGACCCGCUCCCGCGCCGGGACAGCCAGCUGCUCCUCUCCACGCUGUGCCACCCCGACCAGGUGUCCCCAUGGAGUGAGCCCGCACGGGGGUCCCGGCAGCUGUGCCAGCACGGGGGGACGCUGGCUGCCAGCACCGCCAGCAUGAGCGACUUUUGGCACAAGCUGGGCUGCUGCGUGGUGGAGAAGCCCCAGCCCAAGAAAAGGAGGAGACGGAUCGACCGCUCCAUGAUCGGGGAGCCCAUGAACUUCGUCCACCUGACACACAUCGGCUCCGGAGACAUGGCUGCAGGAGAGGGGCUGCCCAUGACUGGUGCUGUCCAGGAGAUGAGGUCCAAGGGCGGCCGGGAGCGACAGUGGAGCAACUCCCGUGUGUUGUAGCGUAUUCCUGGCUUUUUCAGCCCAAACUUGAACUGCCUGAUCCCCCCGCUGGAGGAGAAGCCCACCUUGAGUGCUUUAACCCCGCGGUAUUUAUGCAGCACCAUCCUCACCCAGAUCCCGGUGACUUUGGGUCAUCGUCCCUCUGGAAAAUCCCUCCUUCCCAGAGGCACUGGCCGGUGACGUGGGGGGGGAGUGGGGACAGCAGCCCCCAUCUCCUGCCCCGCCUGGAAAGGACACAGCCGCCCCCCUGAGACGUGCCAGGAGCUGCCAGGCGCAGCCCACGUGUGCCAAAUCCUCCCAGUUUUCCCUUUUCCCACUCCCGUGUCUCCCAUGGGCUGCAUGGUGGUGCCUCAGUUUCCCCAGGGAAUCAGUUAUGGUGCAGAGGCAGAUUUGGUGCCUCCCAGAACAUCACAGAGGAGCAAAACCAGGAUUAAGCCCUGAUAUUCUGGUGCCAAACCAGAAUUAAUCCCAAGAUGUUCUGGUGUCAAACCAGGAUUUGAUGUCAAACUGGGAUUAAACCCCAAUUCUUUGGAGCAAAACCGGGAUUAAACCCCGAUGCUUUGGUGCCAAACCCGGAUCAAACCCCAGUGCUCCGGUGUCUCAGCGUCACCGAGCCCACAGUGCCUCCAGCCGGCAUUCCCACCGCCGCCAAACUCCCACCUCCCUCCUUUUUUUAGGAUAUGUUCUUAUUUUUAAGCUCCCAAACCCACCUGAGCAGCCUGGGCAGAACCGUGGUGGGGUCCCCUCCACCCGGGAUUGUCCCCGGCCGAGGCCGGACAGGGCCUGACCCGAGAAGGGCUCCGGAAUUCAGGCGCGGGUGUACAUAGUUUAAUUAGCGCCAGGAUUAAAUAUUAAAUAGCACGUGCUGGGUGACAGAGCCUUUCCCCUGCCCUGUGCUCCGCAGGGAGCCGGGCUUUUCCAGCCCCGUGUCAUGCUUGGGUCAGGGGUUUUUGGGACAAACAUUCCACUCUGGAGAUAAAUGCCUUGUGCUGGCCCAAGGGGUGGGUGCACAGGCUGCCCCAGGCUCCUCGCUCCCUCCUCUGCUCCUGGAGCAGCCAAAUCCCCUGGGGAAAGCCGAGCCCGCUGACAUCCACAGCAGGCAGAGGUCACGACUUUCUAUGGCACAACCAGUUUCCUCCUGGCUGGGCUGGACUGGGGAGCGUGGCUGCACUGACACCCCCUCCUUGGACACCCCAAAACGUUCCUGUGACCCACUGUAGAGGGGAUUGCACCCCAGGGAAAGAGGGGCUGCACCCUCAGCUCGAGUGGGGCAGCACCAGACCCAUCCCAGAAU